UCACCACACUCUUUCUCUCUCUCUCUAGUGAUCUCUUAUUCAAACAUUAUAUUAUUGCAAACUCUUUCUUCGUUUUACUACUUGGGUCCGUACUCUCUGUCUCUGCUAUUCCCAUUUUAACUACAAAUUCACCAUUGCCACUUCUAUCUCCAACCAAAUUAACCAUCCUCCUUAUUCUUCUUCAUAUAUAGUAGUAGUAUCCGAUCUUUGGUGGUAUAGAGGCAAACCCAGUAACAGAAAACUGAGUGAAGAAGAAGAAAUUGAGAAACGAUGCAUAGGUGCAGCAGCUCACAGGGGAAUAUGAUGGGUCAAUGUACUUGUGGUCUGUUUCAUGGCCAAAGCAACUCUUUCACCAUGCUAUUUUCCAUGCCAAACCACUGCAAAUCUUUCGAUGAAACAGACAUGUGCCCUUUUGCCUCUUCUUCUUCAUCUGUUGAUUGCACUCUUUCUUUAGGAACCCCAUCAACUCGUCUAAGCGAAGACGAUGACAAAAGAAUCCGCCAUGAAGGCCGCCCUAGUUCUUGCACGUCAACCUUCUGCUGGGAUAUUUUGCAAACCAAAAACGCGCCUUAUGCUCCUCAAACCCAUAAAACUAGUCGUGGAAGUAAUUCAAGUAGCAACUCUGCCAUUAAUGAUCCUCUUCUCGCUCGCAGAUGUGCCAACUGUGACACUACUUCAACUCCGCUUUGGAGAAACGGUCCAAGAGGCCCCAAGUCACUUUGCAAUGCAUGUGGAAUUCGGUUCAAGAAAGAAGAGAGAAGAGCCACAGCUGCAAACUCAAGCAGCAACAGCCAUGCAAGUGCAUCAUCAUCAUCAGGAACAAUGGAGCAGCACUACGCUUAUCAAAACAAUUCAUGGGUUCAAACCCAGAAAAUGCCAUGCUACUCUCCGGCCAAUGAAUUCAGGUUCAUAGAAGACAGCGAUCGAGAUUCUGAUACAGGCAUCCCUUUCCUUUCUUGGAGACUCAACGUCACAGACAGGCCAAGCUUUGUCCAUGACUUUACGAGUUAAAAAUUUGAAAAGAAAACAAAAACAACCACAAAAAAAAAAGGUGAAAGGAAAACAAAAGGAAAGCAAGAACAAUAAAAAGAAACAAAAACAAGAAAAGAAUGGUCAAGAUCAUGAAAAUGCAGUGACCACUACAACACAAAACGAUGAUGAUGUUGAAGAUGUUGGUGAUGGUGAUGGUCUAGUCUCGUAAAAUUCAAUUAUUUAUUUAUUUAUAUAUAUAUUUUGAAAUUUUCUUCUUUGUUUGGUUUGUUUUCUUUCUUUUUCCUUCCUUUUCUUUUCUCUCCUUCGUACAUUGAUGGAGUGAAAACGGGAUAAUUCUAUGUUCUUAGCUGCUUUUCUUUAAUUAG